AUGGCAAGUGAGGAAGAUGAGUCUUGGGCUCCUCUUGGGCGACAAUGUUGUGGGCCUGUCUUACACAUGAAGCUUCGCGCGUUGCUUUUACCAAAAAGGUCUGCGAGUGGUUCUUUCUUAUGUAAGUGUCACGAGCUCCAUGAGACUGAGGCACUUUCGUCAUUGGAAGCUGUUCUAAAGGCAUUUUGGGAUAAUCUGUGGAAUCAGCUUCAAUACUUCACAGGUUUCAACUGCUAUUUGCCGCUAUCUAGAGUCAAAAAGAUUUUGAAAACUGAUCCUAAAGUCAGGGGUAUGAUAACAUGAAAGAUUUCUAGGGACGCUCCUGCGUUGUUUUCAAAAGCAUGUGAAUACUUAAUUCUAGAGCUAACAUUACGAGCUUGGAUGCAUCAAUCAUGCACUCGUCAGACCAUACAGCGUUGUGAUGUCUUCCAUGCCGUAAAAAAUUCAGAAACUCAUUGUUUCCUGAUCGAUCUUGUUCCAUUUGGACCAUACUGCGCCAUGCAUCACAGCAUCAGGUUAGCAAUCUUACAUGUGUUGCCUCCUGCUAAAAUGAUUUUGCCAGACAUGAAUGUUGCAAACGAUAUGAACCAGAUUAAGCAGGAGAAUCGGAUAGACAAGCCCUUUAGCGAUCAUAAAGGGUUUGAUCUCAACUCUAUCUCUAGGGAGUUUCCUUAA